AAUGCAACAGAGCAGCGGAGGAGAGGAGAGAGAGGCAAGGAGGACUAGGCGUUACGGUCGCCCCUUCACAAGCCGCAUGCGAGAUGCUAGGACUGCUGCAGAGAGAUUGCCGUUUCUUUCCUUUUUUUCUUUCUUUCAUCAGCUUUCUGUCACAUUGAACGCUUCAUCUUCUCGUCUAUCCCAGAGGUGCGUGAAGGAAAGGCCAUACGUGGAGUCCAGGUGUCUAGUUCUGAGAUCUCCCGCUGAAAACCUUCCCAGCCCCUUGCAAGAUUGAGUAGCCGACUCGAAGAUUGAAGAAAGGAAAGAAAAGAGUAUUGAAACUGCAUAAAAAGGAGGUAGAACUCCUGCAACCAGAAAAAAGAGGACGUAGCAGAGCAGAAAUAGUCUCUUGCUAACUUCAGAAAGCCUCAUCACAGACUAAUAAAAAUUUGAAACGGCAAAGCGCAGCAACAAAUCAGUAUUCUCCGGCAGACCCUGCAAGAUAUGGCCAAGAGGGUUAACCCUUUAGACGGCUGAACUGAUUCUUUGAACAGCCACAAUCUGCAAGUUGUGAAUGAUGAAUUUGAAUGGGUCAUUUCAGGAUCGUUUUUGACAAAUGGAGAUCCUGAGAUUCAAAUGGCUUUGACACUUUGACAGCCCCACAUUUUUGUAGCUGAUAAUGAAAACAUUCUCAGAGGAUUCCUUCCUAGUCUAAUAGAUGUACAGACUAACCGAGAGACGUAUAACUAACUAGUCUGAGAUCCUCGGCUCGGAUGAUUAGUUUGGAAAGACUUGUUCUGGUCCAGAAAGGUUCAGAAAAUCUUCUCAGGGCUGACCGGCGUUCUCCUCUUUGGCGUAUUUGUUUCAGUAACAACGUUUAGCCGCCAAAUCAAAGAUGGCUGCCGGAGUGGCAACAUGGCUUCCGUUUGCCAGGGCGGCGGCUGUCGGCUGGCUUCCUCUAGCCAAGAAAAAUAUGCCCAAACCGCCCGUGGACAAAAAGAGCCGCAACGACGAGAUCCUCUUCGUAAACGUGAGCGGGCUCCGUUUCCAGACAUGGAAAAACACGCUGGAUCGCUAUCCCGACACUCUGCUGGGCAGCUCGGAAAAGGAGUUUUUCUACAACGAGGACACUCAGGAGUAUUUCUUCGACAGGGACCCGGAGAUGUUUCGCCACAUUUUGAACUUCUACCGUACGGGUAAGCUUCACUACCCCCGGCAGGAGUGCAUUCAGGCCUUCGACGAGGAGCUGGCAUUUUACGGCAUCGUGCCGGACAUUAUCGGAGACUGCUGCAUGGAAGAGUACAGGGAUCGCAAGAAGGAGAACCAGGAACGCCUGGCCGAGGACACGGAGGCCGAGAUGGCGACGGACACCCCACUGCCGCCGGAGAGCACAUCGCGGGAGCGCUUGUGGCGCGCCUUCGAGAACCCCCACACAAGCACCAUGGCGCUCGUUUUCUACUACGUCACAGGUUUCUUCAUCGCCGUCUCGGUCAUCGCGAACGUGGUGGAAACUGUCCCCUGCCGACCCCUCAAAGGCAGCAAGAAAGACUUGCCUUGUGGCGAGAAGUACACGCUGGCGUUUUUCUGCAUGGACACGGCCUGCGUGCUCAUCUUCACGUUCGAGUACCUCAUGAGGCUUUUCGCCGCGCCCAGUCGCUGCAAGUUCAUGCGCUCGGUCAUGAGCGUGAUCGACGUCGUCGCCAUCAUGCCCUACUACAUCGGCCUGGUCAUGCCUGAGAACGAGGAUGUGAGUGGCGCGUUCGUCACAUUGAGGGUGUUCCGCGUCUUCCGGAUCUUCAAGUUCUCGCGUCACUCUCAGGGCCUGCGGAUCCUCGGGUAUACUCUGAAGAGCUGCGCUUCUGAGUUGGGCUUCCUCCUGUUUUCCCUCACCAUGGCCAUCAUCAUAUUUGCCACCGUCAUGUUCUACGCCGAGAAAGGCACCAAGGGAACCAACUUCACCAGCAUCCCAGCAUCCUUCUGGUACACCAUAGUCACCAUGACAACUCUUGGGUAUGGAGACAUGGUUCCAAACACCAUCGCUGGAAAGAUCUUCGGCUCAAUCUGCUCUCUUAGUGGCGUGCUGGUUAUCGCCCUCCCUGUACCCGUCAUUGUGUCGAACUUCAGCCGGAUCUACCAUCAGAACCAGAGAGCUGACAAGAUGAGAGCGCAGCAGAAAGUGCGACAGGCAAGGAUUCGCAUGGCCAAGAAGGGAACCACCAAUGCCUUCCUACAAUACAAAGAAGAAGGGGAUUCCAGCACUCUGUGUCUGAAGAACAGAUCUUCCUUUGAGCACCAACAUCAUCACCUGCUACAUUGUCUGGAAAAGACAACCAACCAUGAGUUCACAGACGAGCUGACGUUCAGUGAGAUGUGCAUGACCGAGUCUGUGGGUUACCGCACCAGCCGCAGCACCUCCAUCUCCAGCCAGCAGGGGUUGUCGACGUCCUGCUGCCCCCGCAGAGCUAAGAGAAGAGCCAUCCGCCUCGCCAACUCCACCGUGUCCGUCAGCCGGGGCAGCGUGCAGGAGCUGGACACUCUACAAGUGCACAAAACAUAUGUUGGACCCCAAAGCCGCUCCAGUCUGAACGCCCGGACGGAAGACCUGAAGCUCAACUGUGAGGAUAGAGAUUUCACCGCGGCUAUCAUCAGUAUACCCACCCCUCCUGCCAACACCCCCGACGAGAGUCUGCCGCCCUCUCCUGCCAUUCCUGGAAUCUUACGCAACUCCCGCUGUUCCUUCACCCACGAGACAGUGAAGAUCUCCUCCUUAUAACCGCCACAAGCACACAAGCACCCUCUACCGCACAACAGAAAGCAAGUGAUGGGGGAAAGAGCGCUUCUCCUAGGAAAAGACACGUAACAUAUCUGCUUCAUUCCAAAUCGACAGUUCGACGCAGACUCGCAUGAGCUGACGUGCUUUUUUUGUGACCCUGUUGUACAUCGGAGGACCGCAGACCGAUCGGACGCGCUUGUUCGGGGGACAAACUCAAUCCGAUGCAUUUUACAAUGAUAAAUCAGCAGUCAUAGUGGCACAGAAGGCCUUUUACUUUUAAAGAUAUGCAAUGUUUCAACAAGCAGGAAUUAUGCCUAUAUACGUACAUCCACUGCGUAAUACAGUUGCAGGAGAGAUUACAAAAGGUGGGAAUGAUCUUUGCAGGGAAAAAAAAAAAAAAAAAUGAUGGCCGAUAUAGAGGAGGUGGUGUAUAUGUAUCAAUAUUUGUAUCAUAUUGACCUCUUUAGAUCACAUG